UGGCAGGUUUGUCACUCCACCCCCUCAGCUGAGCUGCGUCUCGAAUGUCAAAGCGGAACUGGACCUGACUCCGAGCUGAGUUUUGUUUCCGCACGAACGCUUAUUCGGGGUCAUCGUCAUUACGUAACGGAGAUGGCAGCGCUCCGGUCGGCACUCCAUGGACGACUUGUUCAGGCCCUCCCCUUUUCCAUCGGCUCUCUGCGUUUCGCCAGCUCCUUUAAGGCCGCAGAUCUCAGCAUCGAACACAAUGCGGCAUGCAAGCCGAAGCCCGACCCCUCCUCCCUGGUGUUCGGCAAACAGUUCUCCGACCACAUGUUGACCAUCAACUGGUCGGAGAAGGGCGGCUGGGAGGCCCCCCAGAUCAAACCCUUCCAGAACCUGUCACUGCACCCGGCCAGCUCGUCACUGCACUACUCCAUAGAGCUCUUUGAAGGCAUGAAGGCUUUCCGUGGCGUCGACAACCACGUCCGCCUGUUCAGACCCAUGCUGAACAUGGAGCGGAUGCAUCGGAGCGCAGACAGAAGCAGCCUGCCCUUGUUUGACAAAGGCGAACUGCUGGAAUGCAUCAGGAAGCUGGUGGAGCUCGACCAGGAGUGGGUCCCCUACUCCCAGGACGCCAGCCUCUACAUCAGGCCCACGUUUAUUGGAAUUGAGCCGUCUCUCGGCGUGUCUCGGCCUGGAGAAGCGAUGAUAUUUGUCAUCGUCGGUCCCGUGGGACCCUACUUUGCCACGGGAUCCUUCAACCCCGUGUCUCUGCUGGCGGACCCUUCGUUUGUCAGGGCGUGGAAAGGAGGCGUCGGGGCCUACAAGAUGGGAGGUAACUACGGUCCGACCAUCAUGGUGCAGAACGAGGCGGUGAAGCGAGGCUGUCAGCAGGUGCUGUGGCUGUACGGGGAGGAGGAGGAGAUCACCGAGGUCGGCACCAUGAACCUCUUCAUCUACUGGAACAACGAGCAAGGAGAGAGAGAGUUGGUGACCCCUCCUCUGGACGGCAUCAUUCUCCCAGGAGUCACCAGGCAGUCGCUGCUGGACCUCGCCAGAUCCUGGGGCGAGUUCAAGGUGACGGAGCGCUCGAUGAACAUGAAGGAGCUGCUCGGGGCUCUGGAGGCCGGGCGGAUCCUGGAGAUGUUCGGAGCUGGGACGGCCUGCGUGGUCUGUCCCGUCGGCAGCCUCCUCUACGGAGGAAAGACGUACCAGAUCCCGACUAUGCAGAAUGGUCCAGAUAUGGCGAAGAGGUUCCACAAAGAGCUUACUGAUAUUCAGUAUGGACGAAAACUGAGUGAAUGGGCACCGCUUGUCGUUUAAACGGCCAUUUUUUUGCACACGCCAGUCAGUUCCAUAAUUCCAGUUUGGAAGACCAGCCCCCCCCCCCCCCCCAAACUCACCCUCACCUCCUUCCACUAAUGCACUCCUCCUCCUCCUGCUUCUUCUUCUUCUCUGGGGCGGAUGCUCCUCCUCCUCCUCCUCCUCUUCUCUCUGCGGACCUUCAUAGGACGACGGUUGGUGGCGUGAAUGUUAACCGCUUGCUUUUGGAAAGCAAUAUUAACAACUUUAUACAAAUGUUUCUGACUUGACACAACCCGUAACCUCCGGGAAUGUGAACCACAGAGCAGGAAGAAAAUCCACUAUCAGUUACACGAUCAUGAGUGUAUCCUAACAACACACGUCUAAUUGGUGUCUCCCCUCAUAUUUACUUGCUCAUAGUAAAGAGCACAAACAUUCAUCGUCAUCAUGCACAUUUAAUGCUGGUAAUAUAACCAAACAGGCACAGACUGACAUAUUUCAGACAUGAGAGUUGAGAUAUUUGCAAUACUAGAGCAGCAAUGUACUCGGUGUGUAGGACUCGGACAGUGUUAGACUGCUUCUCAUCAACAGACGUAUUUUAAAAAAUCUAUUUCAGAGCAGAAAAAUACCGUGGGGGGUUUCUCCUCCGAAACGUUGUAACUGUUACACGUGAGUAGUUUGGAAAGCUGAACCUGUACAGUGCGUCAUAGGAAGUGUUUUUUGUUGCCGUCGUGUACACGAUGAUGUGACGGGGGUAAAAACUGUCGCCACGUCAGACGCCAGAGUUUGCACUGACGACAGGUACGUUAUCUGAGCGCGGACAAAGCGGGAAAAAGGCGAGCGGCUUUUUUUAAAUGUUUGUGUUUGUCACGAGUACGAGACGACUGCAAAAAGGAUUUUUUAUUCUUUUUUAAAGAAAGAAAAAGAGCGAGAAGGACUGUUAGAUGCCGGCAGUUACUCCUGCACUAGUUACUGUAACGUAAAGAUUGUUGUUACUUUUUAGAGGUUUUAAAAUUAUUUAAUUUUCCUGUUGUGUUGACGAGAAAUUCGGCUCAACUGUCUUCCGAAGUACUUUUGCUGUGUCACCUGUGUUUUUGCUGUGUCCUUCGGCUUCGUGUCCUUUUAUCCUCGCUGUUUUUUUCCCUCUCCCUCUUUGAAUGUGUUUUUAUUUUCCCACACAAACUGUCCUCCUGUCCAAGUGCCUGACCUCAGUCUGUUUGGUUGGUUGCCGUCAGCUGCUCUUUUGUUUUGUUUCUAACAGGUUUUGUGCACUAGGGGUUUUCAGCUGGAAUCUUUUAAGUAAAUGUCAGUUUAGUCGUUUCAUUUUAAUUGUGCUGUUACUUUUACUUGGCUGUUAUGUUUUUACAAUAAACCUGAUCUGAGGUGA